CGCAGUGUUACCAUGAGCGUCAUCAUCCUACAGAAAUCUACCCGCCCAGACCUUAUCACACUCGCGAUCAACUUCAAUCCAGCCUGACCAGUACUCUCCAAACACAGGAUGCCAGGGGUAAAAAGAGGGUUGGUGGCACCGCAAAAUACUUUUUUGGAAAAUAUUGUCAGGCGUUCAAAUGAAACCAGUUUCCUGCUUGGAAAUGCCCAAAUUGUGGACUGGCCUAUAGUUUAUAGCAAUGACGGAUUCUGUAAACUUUCUGGAUAUCACCGGGCAGAUGUAAUGCAGAAAAGCAGCACCUGCAGUUUUAUGUAUGGUGAGCUGUCUGACAAGAAGACCAUCGCGAAAGUCAGACAGACCUUUGAUAACUAUGAGUCCAAUUGCUUUGAAGUCCUUCUUUACAAGAAGAACAGGACUCCGGUCUGGUUUUAUAUGCAUAUUGCCCCAAUAAGAAACGAAAAUGACAAGGUGGUCUUAUUUCUGUGCACUUUCAAAGACAUCACUGUAUUCAAACAGCCUAUUGAAGACGAGUCAACAAAAGGAUGGACAAAGUUCGCUCGUUUAACACGAGCUCUGACAAACAGCCGGAGCGUUAUCCAGCAGCUGACUCCAAUGAACAAGGCGGAUGUGAGCCACAAGCACUCGAGGCUGGCAGAGGUUCUUCAGCUGGGAUCAGACAUCCUUCCACAGUACAAGCAAGAAGCCCCAAAGACUCCUCCUCAUAUUAUUUUACACUACUGUGCGUUCAAGACCACGUGGGACUGGGUCAUACUGAUCCUGACUUUCUACACCGCUAUCAUGGUCCCUUACAAUGUGUCCUUCAAGACGAAACAGAACAAUAUUGCUUGGCUCGUGCUGGACAGCGUAGUGGAUGUUAUAUUCUUAGUGGACAUUGUGCUCAAUUUUCACACCACUUUUGUUGGCCCCGGAGGGGAAGUUAUAUCAGACCCCAAGCUGAUCAGAAUGAACUAUUUGAAAACCUGGUUUGUCAUAGACUUGCUGUCGUGCCUGCCAUAUGACAUCAUCAAUGCCUUCGAGAAUGUGGAUGAGGGUAUAAGCAGCCUCUUCAGUUCUUUAAAGGUGGUCCGGCUAUUAAGACUGGGCCGAGUUGCCAGGAAGCUUGACCAUUACCUGGAAUAUGGGGCAGCAGUGCUUGUUCUCCUUGUCUGCGUGUUUGGGCUGGUGGCUCACUGGCUAGCAUGCAUAUGGUACAGCAUCGGGGACUAUGAGGUCAUAGAUGAGGUGACCAACACCAUCAAGACUGACAGUUGGCUGUGCCAGUUGGCCGAGAGCAUUGGGUCCCCGUAUCGGUACAAUGCGAGUGGUUCAGGGCAGUGGGAAGGAGGACCGAGCAAAGACUCCUUGUACAUAUCCUCCCUUUACUUUACAAUGACAAGCCUUACCACAAUUGGAUUUGGAAACAUUGCACCAACCACUGAUGGGGAAAAGAUAUUCUCUGUGGCCAUGAUGAUGGUGGGCUCUCUCCUGUAUGCAACUAUUUUCGGAAAUGUCACCACCAUCUUCCAGCAGAUGUAUGCCAACACCAACCGCUACCACGAGAUGCUGAACAACGUGCGGGACUUCCUCAAGCUCUACCAGGUCCCCAAGGGCCUCAGUGAGCGUGUCAUGGAUUACAUUGUGUCCACAUGGUCCAUGUCAAAAGGCAUUGACACAGAAAAGGUUCUCUCCAUCUGCCCCAAAGACAUGAGGGCCGAUAUCUGUGUGCACUUGAACCGGGAAGUCUUCAAUGAGCACCCUGCCUUCCGGCUGGCCAGCGACGGCUGCCUUCGCUCCCUGGCCGUCGAGUUCCAGACCACCCACUGCGCCCCGGGCGACCUCAUCUAUCACUCUGGCGAGAGCCUUGAUUCGCUGUGCUUUGUGGUCUCGGGGUCACUGGAGGUCAUUCAAGACGACGAGGUUAUAGCUAUUCUCGGUAAGGGGGACGUAUUUGGGGAUGUGUUCUGGAAAGAAACGACUUUAGCUCACGCCUGUGCCAACGUGAGGGCGCUGACUUACUGCGACCUGCACAUUAUCAAGCGGGAUGCCUUGCUCAAAGUGCUGGAGUUCUACACUGCCUUCGCCAACUCCUUCUCACGCAACCUCAUUCUCACCUGCAGCUUGCGGAAGAGGAUAAUUUUCAGGAAAAUAAGUGAUGUAAAAAAGGAGGAAGAAGAACGUCAGAGGCAAAAGAACGAGGUGACCCUCAGUAUUCCAGUGGACCAUCCGGUCAGGAAGCUUUUCCAGAAGUUCAAGCAGCAGAAGGAGAUGCGGAACCAGGGCUCCUCGCACCACGACCCUGAGAAGAACCAGUUUCACAUGGAGAAUCACCCCUUGCAGAACGGGGCCUCCAGCACUGGGGCCAGCGUAGUGACUGUCUCCCAGAUCACCCCCCUUCAGAACUCCCUGGUAUACGUGAAGACCAGUGAGCCGAGCAAGCAGAACAACCGGGACAUAAUGGAGCUCAAGCCAAACUGCGUUAGCGACCAAAAGUGUCUGAAGGUCAACAGCCCCAUCAGAAUGAAAGCUGUCAAUAACAGGGGCUGGAUCCGGCUGAAAAACCAAGGGUCUCGAGAGGAGAAAAAAGAGGAGUGGAACAAUGUAACGAAAGCGGAAUCCAUGGAGUUGCUUUCAGAGGACUCAAAAAGCCAAGAGUCGGACGUUGGGGUGAAAAAGAACCCCCUGAGGAAAACAGACUCAUGUGACAGUGGGAUCACCAAGAGUGACCUCCGGAUAGAUAAAGCUGGGGAGGCGCGCAGUUCCUUUGAACACAGCCCCCUUCCGGUAGAAGUGAAGCACCCUUUCUACCCCAUCCCCGAGCAGGCCUUGCAGACCACUUUACAGGAAGUCAAACUAGAACUAAAAGAAGACAUUCAGUUGCUAAGCAACAGAAUGGCUAUGCUAGAGACACAAGUAGCCGAAAUCUUAAAACUGCUGUCUGAAAAGAAAGAGGUGCCACAAACUUCAACCCCGAAAGCCAAAAUAAAAUGCCAGGACAUUUUCACCGUCUCGAGGCCCGUAACUCCUGACUCCGAAAAGGACGAAGUACAGUUUUGAAUUUGCAGUUUAUUUAAUUUUUGUCUUGUAUUGAGAGAACUCUUUAAAAAAAAAGAAAUGUCCUGUAAAUAUUUUUUGCAUGUCCAGCUGGAUUCUGGCCUGCCAAAAAAAUUAUGCUUGUAAAUUAUGCAGUUGACUGCAUGCAGAUAAGGAGAAUUUAUAGUUUAACACUAUAUUUAGAGUCUAGAUAUAACAUGUUUAUUAAAGUCUGUGUGUAUUGAAUCCCAAAUACCUCGGGCUGAAUGAAAAUCCUUUCUAUCCUCAGAGUAGUGAAGAAAUGAAACUGCCCUGCAGGGUUAGGUAAAGAAUGGGACAGGUAUGUUGAAAUCAUUGUUCUUGUCUUGAGCGCUGUACAUAUGCACUCAGCUCAGUAUUUUGAAAAGAUUGGUAAUGCAUGUCACAUGUUGUGUCAUUUUAAUAUUGCAUUAAUGAUAUUUUGUAUUGGUAUUUUGCACUAAAGACUAAUAUGAUGUACUAUCCCAUGAACUCCCUCUUUUCUCCAGGAUUCUUCGACAGCUAAAUUAUUUUUUUGUUUCCUUGCAAGACUCCCAAAGGGUUUAGGCUCAUUUGGUCCUCCUGAGGAAAUAAAGAUAGAUCACAAUGAGGCUGCGCUGUUUGAUCAGUGGUUCUUGGUUCAAACAGGAUUAGGUUAAACCUGCUCUGCACUUUUAAGCCAACUUUUUUUUAACAAAAGCUUGCAACAGCAACCUCAAUGGGAAUAUUUAAGCAACCCAGAUGUAUCCCACAAUAUUGGCUUCGGUCUAGCUUUUUUACUAUACUUUUCUAGCUAUGCUAUUUUAGCUGGUUUAGUUAAGAUUUUUUUUUACCAAUCCAACCAAAGUAAUUAUGAUAAUACAUUAAUACACACAUAGAGUAUUUGUACACACGAAGCAUACUGGCAGUGUGUGCAUUGUACCUGGACAAAUAUUUUAGAAAAGGUGUCUGUUUUCAGCUUGGUGUGCUGAAAUCACUGGUUGCUUAUUGGGGUCAGGUAGAAGGGAGGCAGAAUAGGAAGAAAUUAUCUUUAUGAUGUAAUGAAAUAUGGUUCUAGAGAGAGUUAUUUUGUUCUACAAGGUGAAGCACAAAGUAUAUAUUUGUAUUAUAAAAGCGAAUGGCAAUGUAAUGUGCUUUUCAUUUGUCGGAAAAGCCUAAUCGAGCAUUCGAUACCUUCAGCAGAUCUGUGUAAAGUGUAGAACAUAACCUGCAGUUUAUUUUGAAAGUAUGUUUUGGAAAGUACUUUAAUUGAAUGAUGCACAAAGGGUACAUGACAAAUAGACAUUAAAUAUUAUAUUUGCACUAAAGGAAUAAUAACUGAAGUUUGUUACUUCAAAGAAUAAAACUAGAAUACGAAGC